CCUAGCGCAGCCUCCUUCCCAGCAUCCCCGGCGGCGCCGCUGUGACAUCACUUCCGGUCGCCGGUGCGCACGUGGGAGGAAGUACCCCGUGGCCGUGGCCGCCGCUCCUCCCUGUCUCUGUGGUUACGCUCCUCAGCCGGCCGGGCCGCCGCCUCCAGCUGUGGUGCCGCUAUGGGAGUCCCGGCGUUCUUCCGCUGGCUCAGUCGCAAGUACCCGUCCAUCAUUGUCAACUGCGUGGAAGAGAAGCCAAAAGAAUGCGGUGGUGUAAAGGUUCCAGUUGAUGCCAGUAAACCUAAUCCAAAUGAUGUGGAGUUUGAUAAUCUGUAUUUGGAUAUGAAUGGAAUCAUUCACCCCUGUACUCAUCCUGAAGACAAACCAGCACCAAAAAAUGAAGAUGAAAUGAUGGUUGCAAUUUUUGAAUACAUUGAUAGACUUUUCAGUAUUGUAAGACCAAGACGACUUCUCUACAUGGCAAUAGAUGGAGUGGCACCACGUGCUAAAAUGAACCAGCAGCGUUCAAGGCGAUUCAGAGCAUCUAAAGAAGGAAUGGAAGCAGCAGUCGAGAAGCAACGAGUCAGGGAAGAAAUAUUGGCAAAAGGUGGCUUUCUUCCUCCAGAAGAAAUAAAAGAAAGAUUUGACAGCAACUGUAUUACACCAGGAACUGAGUUCAUGGAUAAUCUUGCUAAAUGUCUUCGCUAUUACAUAGCUGAUCGCUUAAAUAAUGACCCUGGAUGGAAAAAUUUGACAGUUAUUUUGUCUGAUGCUAGUGCACCUGGUGAAGGAGAGCAUAAAAUCAUGGAUUACAUUAGAAGACAAAGAGCCCAGCCUAACCAUGACCCAAAUACUCAUCACUGUUUAUGUGGAGCAGAUGCUGAUCUCAUUAUGCUUGGCCUUGCUACACAUGAACCAAACUUUACCAUCAUUAGAGAAGAAUUCAAACCAAACAAACCCAAACCAUGUGGUCUUUGUAAUCAGUUUGGACAUGAGGUUAAGGAUUGUGAAGGUUUACCAAGAGAAAAGAAGGGAAAGCAUGAUGAACUUGCAGAUAGUCUUCCUUGCGCAGAGGGAGAGUUUAUCUUCCUUCGGCUUAAUGUUCUUCGUGAGUAUUUGGAAAGAGAACUCACCAUGGCUAGCCUACCAUUUACAUUUGAUAUCGAGAGGAGCAUUGAUGACUGGGUCUUCAUGUGCUUCUUUGUGGGAAACGACUUCCUUCCUCACUUGCCAUCGUUAGAGAUUAGGGAAGGUGCAAUCGACCGUUUGGUUAACAUAUACAAAAAUGUGGUACACAAAACUGGGGGUUACCUUACAGAAAGUGGUUAUGUCAAUCUGCAAAGAGUACAGAUGAUCAUGUUAGCAGUUGGUGAAGUUGAGGAUAGCAUUUUUAAAAAGAGAAAGGAUGAUGAGGACAGUUUUAGAAGACGGCAGAAAGAAAAAAGAAAGAGAAUGAAGAGAGAUCAACCAGCUUUCACUCCUAGUGGAAUAUUAACUCCUCAUGCCUUGGGUUCAAGAAAUUCACCAGGCUCUCAAGUAGCCAGUAAUCCGAGACAAGCAGCCUAUGAAAUGAGGAUGCAGAAUAACUCUAGUCCUGCAGUAUCUCCUAAUGCAAGUUUCACAUCUGAUGGCUCCCCAUCUCCACUAGGAGGAAUUAAACGAAAAGCAGAAGACAGUGACAGUGAACCUGAGCCAGAGGAUAAUGUCAGGUUAUGGGAAGCUGGUUGGAAGCAGCGGUAUUACAAGAACAAAUUUGACGUUGAUGCGGCUGAUAAGAAAUUCCGUCGUAAAGUUGUACAGUCUUACGUUGAAGGACUUUGCUGGGUUCUUCGAUAUUAUUACCAGGGCUGUGCUUCCUGGAAGUGGUAUUAUCCAUUCCAUUAUGCACCAUUUGCUUCAGACUUUGAAGGUAUUUCAGAUAUGUCUUCUGAUUUUGAGAAGGGUACAAAACCGUUUAAACCACUGGAACAACUUAUGGGAGUUUUUCCAGCUGCAAGUGGUAACUUUCUACCUCCAUCAUGGCGGAAGCUCAUGAGUGAUCCCGAUUCUAGUAUAAUUGACUUCUACCCUGAAGAUUUUGCUAUUGAUUUAAAUGGGAAGAAAUACGCGUGGCAAGGUGUUGCCUUGUUGCCGUUCGUGGAUGAACGAAGGCUGCGAGCUGCCCUAGAAGAGGUAUACCCAGACCUCACUCCAGAAGAGAUCAGAAGAAACAGCCUUGGAGGUGAUGUCUUAUUUGUGGGGAAACACCACCCACUCCACGACUUCAUUUUAGAACUGUAUCAGACAGGUUCCACAGAGCCAAUGGAUGUACCACCUGAGCUAUGUCAUGGGAUUCAAGGAAAGUUUUCUUUGGAUGAAGAAGCUAUUCUUCCAGAUCAAAUGGUAUGUUCUCCUGUUCCCAUGUUACGGGAUCUGACACAGAACACUGCAGUCAGUGUUAAUUUUAAAGACCCACAGUUUGCUGAAGAUUACAUUUUUAAAGCUGUAAUGCUUCCAGGAGCAAGAAAGCCAGCAGCGGUACUAAAACCUGGCGACUGGGAAAAAUCCAGUAAUGGACGGCAGUGGAAGCCCCAGCUUGGCUUUAAUCGGGACCGGCGGCCUGUCCACCUGGAUCAGGCAGCCUUCAGGACUUUGGGCCAUGUUAUGCCAAGAGGCUCAGGAUCUGGGCUUUACAGCAAUGCUGCACCACCACCUGUCACUUACCAGGGAAACUUAUACAGGCCACUGUUGAGAGGACAAGCCCAGAUUCCAAAACUGAUGUCAA